UUUUUAUGUAAAAUUAACUAAAUUUUAACUAGUAUAAUGGCACUACGAAUGCAAGUUGAGAAGAAAAAGGCUCAGGCAGAAAUGCGACGUUUGAUGGCAGAACGUAAAAAUAAAGAUAAGAAACCAGUUUUAAUAAACAACCCACUUGCGAAAUACAAUAAUGCUGGACAAUUGAUGUGUAUUUUGUGUUCGUCGAUCGUACGCUCAGAGAACGUAUGGCAAAUACAUCUUAAUAGCAAACAACACAAGGGAAACGUAGAACAAGCUAAGAAACUAAAAGAAUUAACAAAUAAUUUUACUGAUGAUAAAAUUAAAAAUAAAAGACCCGGUGGUUUUCAAACAGAUGCCCCACAAGAAAAAAAACCAAAGAGUAUUUUAAAGAAUAGCAAUCAAAAAAUGCCCACUGUUGUACAAACUCCGGAACAUAAAUUGCCCACGAUACUUAUUCAUCAUGAUGAAAAAAUUAUAAGAAAAAGUAAACACCCAACAUCUCACAAAGUUGAAAGUUUAGAAGCAACAGUUGAAAAUAAGAUUGAGGACACUGAAACAAUAUCAACGAAUCCUCAACCUAUUCCUGAAGGGUUUUUUGAUGAUCCAAUACUGGACGCAAAGGCACGAAAUAUUGAAUACAAAGAUCCAGUCGAAGAAGAAUGGGAAAAAUUUCAAAAAGAAAUAAAAGAAGAGACAUCAACUUCUGCGGAAAUCAUCGCUGGUGAACAAGAAGAAGCUACUGCAGAACGACAAAUUGAUGAAAUAGACGAACAAAUUCGUAAUUGGUCAAGAGUCUUAGAUCUUGAAUUGAAAAAGGAAGAAACUAAAAAGAAGAUACAAGAUGUAGAUUUAUUAUAUGAAGGGGAUGAUAAUGAGUCUGACAAUGAAGCUGAAAUUGAUGAAUUUUUAGAUUGGCGAGCCAAAAAAUCUUUUGUUUAAUCAGUGAAAUAUUUGUAGUUUAUUUUAUUAAAAUAUCUAAAAAAAU